AUGCCUGCUCCCCCGCAAAUCGCGACGUGGUUUAUUUUGUUUGCUGGCCUUGGCCAAGUGGACGGCGCAUGGUAUACCGAGGAUAAGGACGAAUUGAUUAUUGCGGACGACACCUGUAUUAACAUCACAUUUCUCGCCAAGGAUAUCUCUAUUUCAUGCGAUAAGUUAUGCUUUGUCACUGAGGCCCGCGAGACCAGGCUUAUCCGUUCGAUAGUCUCACGCAAGGCAGCCCAGGACUCUCACCGCAGGGCUGGGGCUGGGCUGGGCCUGGCUGGCUGA